ACCUUCUGUUGUUCCUACUCCUGCUUCUCCUGUAACUCCUACUGAAAAAAAUGUGACACAUCAAAAGCUGCUAAUUAUGUGAUGUGCCCUUCACAAAGGACUAAAGAUCACAGAAAGGAUGGCCAGCUUCUGUUAAAUUUUGCAUCAACCAGAUUAGACAAGAAGGUUUCCAAGGUCUCUGUGUCCUGGUGUCUGUCUCACUAUUCCAGUAACAGAAAGGCUCUACCAGCACUGAUAGAAAAUGUGAAUGCUGUGGCCCUUUACAUCUGCCGUAUUAACCCCUCUUUUUCUAAUAUUUCUGCACAAUGUCGUGUGGUGAUCAUCAUUACUUCAGCUAUAAAUUUGCAAUCCUUUUGUGAGAUGAAUUUUUGUUCUGCAAUAUUUCAGUUCCCAGUGUGAGAUUGAGAUGGCAGUCAGAAGUCUCAGCACAGAAGUCACUGACUCUUCCCACAGUCAGACAGUUCUUCACAGCUUAAAUGAACAACGCUGUCAGGGUAUCUUCUGUGACGUGAUCAUUAUUGUGGAAGAUAAAAAGUUUAAAGCUCACAAGAAUGUGCUGGCAGCAUGUAGCCUUUAUUUUAAGAAAGCCCUUUCCACUGAUGAUUUGCGGAUUUCUUCUGAUGUCCUGGAGCUCCCUGACUUCAAAGCUGAAUUAUUUGAAGAGGUGCUGGAUUUUAUAUACAGUUCCAAAGCAGUUACCAAGGGAACAGGUAAAGUACGAGAUCUUAUAGGUGCAGGCAGAAGACUAGGAAUACCAUUUCUGGAAACUCUUACAGAUGUAACUGAAAAUGAUACACAGUUAAAGAAUCAGUGUAGCUAUUUUGCCAGUGCAGUUCAUAUCCACCCUCAGGAAAAAAAUGAAUCUUCCAUAACCCCUCAAAAUCUUAAACUGGAAUCCAGUGCUACAAGUGAAAGACAAGGUGUGGAGUCCCUUUUUUCUUAUGGGCCAAGAAUUGCAAAUGCAUUUUCAGUUGUUGAAACGGAAUCCAAGCCUAACCUGUUUUCAACACUUGAUCAGACAGCAAAUGCUGAAAAUACAUUGGUAAGUACCAGCACUUCAGACUCAAUGACUAUUACUGUGUCCAGAAAAGAACAUGCACAAGCAUUUGCCGAUCAUUCAUAUGCUGUUUCUUCUUCUUCUUUUGAAAUGACAAAAUCAUCUGAAUGUUGUGAUGUAUUGCUACCUGAUGUCAGUAUAAAGAAUGAUGAUGCUUCACUUAAAACAAAACAGGCAUUCUGUAUGCCAGAGCGGUUGCAUGAACAACAGUCUUCUGCUUGUCUUGUAGAUGAAAGGUCCCCAGCUGCAGCAGGCAUUAAUAACCAAAUGAAUCUUGAUCUGAAAAAUGACACAUUUUAUGUACCUAAUCCAUCCAUUGCUACAAAUGCAUUUACUGUACAUAAUACAGAUUCCGACAAAGAUGAAACAAGUUUAGUUAAUAGCAGUACCUCUUUCACACCUGUUGUGCAAGUUCCAAGCACUUUUAGCUGUGACCACUGUUUAAAAUCAUUUAGUUCCCUAGAUUUGCUAAAUAUCCACAUUCAGCUGCACAAAAAAUGUGAAAAUGUGAGGGCUUGCAGGUUCUGCAGCAAAAAAUUUAUACGUCUAAAAAAACUGGAGAUCCAUGAACAGUUCUGCAGGUUACCGGAGACCUCUGGGUCUGCUCAGAAAACAGGAGAUACGCAAGACCAGAGUUCUGAUCUAGGCUCCAGCUGUAGUAAAAACCCUUCAAGUAACAGCCUUCCAUUUACAGAAGUUAAUUCUAGCAGUUAUGAAAUCCUUGGACCAGGUAGAAGUGAAGGUUCACAGCAGGAGGAUCCUUCAGUGAGGGUGAUUGAUGGAAAAAUGUUUUAUAUUUGUACUGUUUGUAAACGGACUUACGUAACUCAGUCUAGUUUGAAGAGACACUCAAAUGUUCAUUUCUGGAGGAGGGAAUAUCCCUGUCAUUACUGCAGUAAAGUAUUUGCACUUGCUGAAUAUCGCACUAAACAUGAACUCUGGCAUACUGGUGAGAGACGAUACCAGUGUAUUUUUUGUUUGGAGACCUUCAUGACAUAUUAUAUUCUUAAAAAUCAUCAAAAAUCUUUUCAUGGCAUUGAUCCAAGGCUCACAGCAAAUAAAAGAACAACAAGUGGAGGCUUUAAGCCCAGUGUUUACCCCUAUAAAUUAUACAGACUCUUGCCCAUGAAGUUUAGAAGAAGGUCUUUUAAUGAGUGCAGCAAUCCUGUAUCUGUAACAUUAGAUGAAUGUGGUCAGCAUGAGAAAUUGUCUUCAGAUUUGUGUCCUGCACCUAACUACUCAGUAUCUUCAUUUGACUGUCCUGUCAGCACUUACCCAUCUGAAAUAACUGUGAAUGCCCCCAUGCAACAGCCACUGAAUACUGAAUCACUAUCACUUAGUAACCAAGAGAGUGAUAUUGCAUUUGAAGCAGGAGAUUCUGGAGAAGACUUUAGUGAUGAGUACCAAAGUUGUUUUUCUUCUAACAAAAACACAUUACCUUCAGUUGCAGGGGACUCAAAUGUGACAUUAAAUUCUUGCAACCCUCCUUCUUUGCUACCAGUUAAUGUCAGCAGUAGUACACCCUCUGUAGUGAGCUGCAGUUACCCUGCACCUUCUGUAAUUAUGCACAGUAGUAGAAUUUCAUCUGUUAUAAUGCAAGGAAAUGCUUUAUGCUCUACAGUUAAUAGCAAAGAACAGUGUAGCAGUACAGUAGACAACUUACUUCCACAAGGAGAGAGAAAUGUUAGUAAAAAGGACUGUGUUAAAGACCUGGAUGUUCCAGAAAGUAGCAGAUCUUCCAGUGAAUCUGGAAAGUCUUCAGGUCAGUUUCAAAAUGAUCACUGUACUAGACAAAGAAUAGAAACUUAUAUUGCAAAGCCCGCAUUACCUGACACAACAGAAAAUCGGUCAGUUGCUCCUCUUUGUCGUAUUACAGUAAGAAUAGGUAGUGAAGCCAUAGUGCGCAGACAGAUUUCAGGAUCCGCACUGUAUAAAAAGCAUAAAAAAUCUAACCACAGUGGUACUGUAGGAGAAUCGACAGAAGUAAGUCUUCAGACUGAAGGGGAUGAUGAUGGAACCACAGAUUCGUUCCUUGAUACUGAUCCUAUCAGAGAUGGUGAACCUUAUGAUGACAUAAGUGACCAUGAUUCUACUGAUAAACCUUGGCGGCCCUACUGUUCCUACAAGUCCAGAAAGAAACAUAAAGGGUUAAAAAAGAAAAAAUGGAAACAUAAGUAUAGGUAUACUAAUACUUAUAAGCAUACAAUUACAAAUAAUUGCAGCCACGAUAUUCAGCAAAUUCAUGAAAACGAGGUAGUGGACAAAACAGAUAAACUGACAUCUGUUUUCAGUGAUAAAAACAUGUAUGCUUUGGAAAGAGUCAAACUCCAUUUAAAACAACAUUCAGCUGUAUCUCUUCACUGUGAAUUAUGUCAAAAGGAUUUUCUAAAUAAAUCCACAUUGAAGUCUCACAUGAGAUGUCAUACUGGAGAACAGCCCUAUGCCUGUAAAACAUGUGGUAGGUGUUUUUCAAUGAGUGGAAAUCUGCAUAAACAUGAACGAAUUCACUUGGGGAUUAAAGAAUUUGUCUGUCAGGUCUGCAACAAAGCAUUCACUUUAAGUGAAACUCUUAAGAAGCAUGAACGUAUCCAUACUGGGGAGAAACGUUACAGCUGUAGUUUCUGUUUUCAACGUUUCUUGUAUUUGUCUACCAAAAAGAGCCAUGAACGAAAGCAUCUUAAUGUAAAAAAAGGAAGUAAGUUUCUUUGUUCAUAUUGCUCCAAGGUUUGUAAAACUGCUGCUGCUCUUGCAGUGCAUCAGAAGAUGCAUUUUGUUGGGAGCAUAAGCCAGAGUUCAGAGGAAUUUAACAGUGGUAACAGUGAAGAUGCUAUGCUGGGCUCACAAGUAAGUUAUCAUGAUGAUUCCGUCAUCUGUAAUCCAGCUGUAUCUGAACACAUAUUUAUUCCAGCAAGCAACACUCAGGAGAGUUUUGAAGUGUCCCAAAGGGAAAUAAAAACAGAAAAUCAUUUAGAUUCUCUGUGCACCUCUGCAUUGAAGGAUGCUGCUUGCAGAAGUCCAAAAUAUGAGGGUAAAUUAGCUUCAAACUUUGUGUCUAAUGAUGCAUUAAAACUACCACAGCAGCACAACUCGGACUCUUGUCAAGUCUACCAGUAUGACUUGAAAGAGAACAAAAUGCCAUUCCAGGAUAUCUCGUGCAAACAGGAAAUUACAAACUGUGUAAAGAAAGAAAGCACAAUGGCUGCACCCCAAGAAUGUUACUAUCAAACAGUUAAUGAGCUGGUUUAUGAAGAGAACUUUCAGCAGGCUUCAUCUGCGUAUGAGAUUGUACCAUUCCAAAGAACAUUGCUGUGUAAGUAUUCCUUCAGAGAUGGUCACAUGUCGUCAGAUAAUUUGCUACAAGAGAGAACUAUAAUAAAUACAGCUGAAGCCAAUUCAUGCUAACUUUUUACAAUGGAGUCAAAACAGUGUACAAAAUGUAUUUUGGAUUGUUGUAAACCAAAAGUUAUAUGUUGUUGCUAUAACAUGGAGUGAAUAUUAUUUCAUAAUUGCAAUGUGUGAAUUUAAAUUAUUUCAUUGUGUGUCAGCCAUAUGUUGCGUACUAGGGCUUCUACUUUUAGUUGAGGUAUUCUGUAAUCAUAUACUUUUGUUCUUUGUCUCUAUUAUUGAUUUGAUAUUUUAGUACUCUUCUUGCUAUGUGUGUACUAAAAGAUAAAAGUGUGAUUUCUUUUUACUAGAAGUAAUACAAAUGGUGUAUUAAAACUGGUAAAUAUAUCAUAUAUGGUUUUAAAGGGUCUAUGUCAUGUAAUCGAACUUCCAGAAGUUCAAACACCAGAAGUUCGAAAAUUGAAAAUGUCGAAACCGCAGAAAUCCGGAAAGAAUUUGGUUGGCUGUUUCUACGGCUUCGACAUUUUCUGCACUGUGGUGCGAAAGUUACAGAACGGGUUAAG